AUGACGAUGGAGCUGCAUUAUGAAAUAGUAUCUAAAGAAUCUGCACAUGUGGAUAUAGCGGCGCUGUUGAUCAAAUACAAUACAUGCGUAAAUGCAACAGAUAAAUGGGCGUUCACACCAUUGCAUGAAGCUGCACAAAAGGGAAGGACGCAGCUCUGUGCUCUGCUCUUGGCUCACGGGGCAGAUCCAACCAUGAAGAAUCAAGAGGGUCAGACACCACUAGACCUGGCAACAGCUGAUGAUAUCCGAGCCUUGCUGAUAGAUGCGAUGCCUCCAGAAGCUUUGCCUACAUGCUUUAAGCCUCAAGCUACUGUUGUUAGUGCCUCCCUGAUCUCCCCAGCAUCGACGCCGUCCUGCCUCUCCGCUGCCAGCAGUAUAGAUAAUCUCACUGGGCCACUGGCCGAACUAGCCGUAGGAGGGGCAUCGAAUGCUGGUGAUGGAGCAGCAGGAACUGAAAGGAAGGAAGGAGAAGUUUCUGGUCUCGACAUGAACAUUACUCAGUUCCUAAAAAGCCUGGGUCUUGAACACCUUCGGGACAUCUUUGAGACAGAACAAAUAACCCUGGAUGUGUUGGCAGACAUGGGGCAUGAGGAGCUUAAAGAAAUUGGGAUCAAUGCGUACGGACACCGCCACAAAUUAAUAAAAGGUGUGGAGAGACUUCUAGGAGGGCAGCAAGGCACCAAUCCUUAUCUGACUUUCCACUGCGUGAGUCAGGGGACCAUUCUCCUCGACCUUGCUCCUGAUGAUAAGGAGUAUCAGUCUGUGGAAGAGGAGAUGCAGAGUACAAUCCGGGAGCAUCGGGAUGGUGGAAAUGCUGGUGGGAUCUUCAACAGGUACAAUGUCAUCAGGAUUCAAAAAGUUGUGAACAAGAAGUUGCGUGAGAGAUUCUGUCACCGACAGAAGGAGGUCUCGGAGGAGAAUCAUAAUCAUCACAAUGAACGCAUGUUGUUUCAUGGGUCUCCUUUUAUUAAUGCUAUCAUUCACAAAGGAUUUGAUGAAAGGCAUGCAUACAUCGGAGGAAUGUUUGGAGCUGGAAUUUACUUUGCCGAGAACUCCUCAAAAAGCAACCAGUAUGUCUAUGGGAUAGGGGGAGGAACAGGCUGUCCCACACACAAAGACAGAUCCUGUUAUAUCUGCCACAGACAAAUGCUCUUCUGCAGAGUCACCCUUGGAAAAUCCUUUCUUCAGUUCAGCACAAUGAAAAUGGCUCAUGCCCCUCCAGGGCACCAUUCUGUUAUUGGCAGGCCAAGCGUGAAUGGACUCGCAUACGCUGAAUAUGUUAUCUAUAGAGGAGAACAGGCAUACCCAGAAUAUCUCAUUACAUACCAGAUUGUGAAACCAGAAGCUCCCUCACAGACAGCGACAGCGGCAGAGCAAAAGACCUAGUAGCUACAGAGCAGUGAAGCAGGAUGUGAAUUCAAUCUUGGACUGGAUGGAUAUAUGUUUCAGAAAAUCAGUAUCAUAUAAAAUCCUUAACAACCGGGAAAUAAGCUGUAUGUCUUUUAUAAAGCAUUGCUGUCUUGAUGAGUAAGAUGAGUAACUCUUGCAUACUCACCUGCUACUGUUCCUUUUGAGGAAAGUUUACAAGGGACUGCCUUUUAAUAACAUAUCUCAGGCUCCUAGUCUCUGCAGUUACCACGUGUAAAAUAAUGUUGUUUUGAUCUAGCCUUUGGGAACAUUAUUGUGCAAACAGAAAUCUUUCGGUGCCAUCUCACA